AUGUCGGAUUUGUCGAAGCUUAAACAGUGUAUUGUAAGUGUUCUUGGUUCGGCGAAAUUUGGCUAUACUGUUGACGAACUGAAUGAGAAAUACAGAGAAAAACUUAAAACUAGUGAGCCUUGUUUUUGUGUUCUUAGUGAGUUCUCAGGGCCACAUGAUAGUUUUCCGGUUCGGGUUCGUAUGCAGCCAAUGAAUUGGACGGUCUUGCUUAAAGCAAUCGAUCAAAACAAUUUUUUAAUUGGUGUUCCAAAAGAAUUAUGGGAAUCUGAGAUAAACGCAAAAACUUAUGGAUUUAAUAAUUUAAAAGAAAUUUUGGAAUCAGAUGAGCUGAAAGAUAGUAUAUAUUGGAAAGGAGAGCGGUGUUUUGCUGUUACUAAUGCGAAUAUUGCGCAUAUAAUUAAUCUUAUCGCAGAAACAAAAUCGAAAAUUCCUUAUCGCGGCGAUCACAAAGUCAGACGAAAGAAUACAAAUUAUGAUGGAAAUUCUAUCGAAAAUCAUCAUCAUAUACAAAAAAAACGAGGUAAAAAUUCGAUAGUAAUAGUGAAGCAUGAAUUCACUAAUACUGUAGAAAAAGAAUAUGGAACUAGUUCAACCAGUCAUUACAGCAAUUUUGAUUCGCAUAUACUUUCAAAUCAGCUUGGAAGUCAACAUGAAUCAGUGGACCCUUCAGUCAUCUCAUCCAUGGUUCAACCUUUUUUUAAAGAGCUUUCGAAAAAAUCCAGGGACAAAUUUCAAGAUCAUUCAACGAAAUCUUUCGCAUAUUUAACACCAGUCGAAGAACAGAAUUCUUCUUUUCGUCGCCCAAUUUCUUCUGAGGAACAGUUUUCGUCAAAAAAUAUUGAAAAAGGCUCAAAAAAAAUCAUUUCAUUAAUUGAUAAUGAAGGCGGUUCGAUAACUUUGUCGAAAUUGAAACGGAUAUAUUUUGAACGAUUCAAAAAGGAACUAAAUGCGGACGAACUUCGUAUUUUGCUUGGUUUUUCAAAAAAUGAUAAUAUUUCUGAGCUGGAACUUCUCUCGAAAUGCUUACUUGGUUAUGGUAAAGUUAAGUCUAGUUCGGGUGAUUUUACACUUUCAACUGCGGAUUUAAAGGCAAAUGAGGAUGGUGAUUUUAUUGAAGAAUUUCAAUAUUUUUCUCCAUUCGACAAAAACGAAAAUUCAUCCUCAUCUUCAAAAGAAAUGAAAAUCAUUGAGUUGGUGCAAACGCGGCCAGUCAGCCAGAAAGAACUUUUCGAUCAUCUUACGGCACAUGGUGUGGUUGUUAACGAUCGACCUAACUUUUUUUUAACAUUGAUUUUAGAACAUAGAAAUACAUUCCGAUUAUUUUUCAGUUGUGGAGAUAUCAUAAUAUCGCUGGUAGCGGAUAGAUCACCUGUUGAUGAAUCGCCUGAAAUAUUUCAACUUGUUCCUCGAAAUCGCGUAAGAUCUGACGUCUUGCUGCCUUAUUUUUUUGAAAAAACAUCCAUUUUUGAUCUACCGAUAAUUUUGGUCAAUUUGGAGUUAAUUGAUGCUCCAAUCAAUCAAUAUCGAUUUAAAAUAUCAUUUUCUGUGAAAGACGAUUCGUUUGUUGAACGAAAACGUUUUCAAGUUGCGAUAUACGAGUUUUACGCGAUCAACGUGGACAAUGCCUCUUUACAAGUAAAGGAUUUUUCUUUCUGCGAGGAUUACGUUUAUCUAGAACAGUUCACUUGCUCUGCAUUUCGGGUUCGAAUUAUUGAAAAAAAAGAUGAAUCGUUGCACGUUCUUUUGAUUGAUUUCAGCACUGAAAAAAGGAUUCGAGGGGUCCAGUUGAGGAAGUUGGUACCAAAAUUUGCAAAUGUCCCAGCUUUUUCUGUUACUGUGUUUAGUACUCCGAUUUUAUUCUCUAAAGGGAACAAGAAUCAAUUCAACCGAACGUUUUCUGAAGUUUGUAACAUUUUCAUGACGCCAAAUGCAGAAAUAUUUGUUUCAGUUGAUUGUAAUGUAAUUUUGCUUGUUAUAUUAUUUUAUCUUGGUUCAUAA